GGUGAAGCCGGCGCUCGUGUCGCGACCUCGACGCUGGCUGCCAAGGGAGGGCGCGUGCUCGACGCCGAAUGAGAAGCGCUUCUUGUCUCCAUCUUGACGCGGAAGUGUCUGACGCGCCAUCAGCUGCCCGGUGAUGAGACCAGCAGUCGGAGGCGAACGCAGACGCAGCGCACGCUCCCUUCCUCCGCGUGGAACAAACAUGGAGAGACGUUUGCUGCGCUGCAGCGCCUCGUCUUCGCGUGCUCUCGGCGGGACUCCCCUGCAGGUGUAUUAAACCCCCCCCCCCGCGCCCGCCCGCCCCACUCAGAGUGUCGGUCAGUCGGUCGGUGGAGCGGCGGACAGACGGUGGUCGGUGUGGAAUAUUGCUGUUGACCAGCGGGACUUGAGCUGAGGCGUCUGGACGAGGAGAAAGGAGCCUGGAAUUGUGGGCGUUAACACCAUCAUGGUCAUUGCUCUCUGCUUGGGACACAAAGUGCGUACGUGAGCGUCCCUGGUUGCAUCUGCUGGGAUGAACAUGCCACUGCACCAAAUCUCCGUCAUCCCGCGGGAUGUCACUUCGUCACGGGUGUCGGGGAGUGGCAAGUCGAAAGACAAGGACAAGCAGAAUGAAAAGCCGUUGGGUCACUCAGCAAGCCGAUCUAGCAAUAUAUCAAAGGCUGGCAGUCCCACUUCUGUCAAUGCCCCGUGCAGCUUCUCCAGGACAUCGGUGUCUCCUUCCAGCCAGGACAUCUGCAGCUAUCAGGAUCAGAACGCUUUGAAACACACGACUGUGGUUCUGCUGAACACUAAUGGGAAAAGCUCUCGGGAGUCCGAGGGUCUCACCGUGACGACCAUCUGUGCAGAUGCUCCCCUCGUCCCCAAACAGAUAAAAUGUGACUGGCUGUCUCUGCUGCGCCCCCCUGGAGUCCACAUCAGGCAGAACGGGUCGCUCAAGUUCUCUGCUUCUUUGAACGAUGUGGGACAGCGCAUGGACAGUCUUUGUCGUGGUCUUCACUUCAUAGACCGCACCUGCUCGGAGGGAGAGCUGGAGUCCAAACCAGAGCUGGUAUCAAGCAGGUGGUCCCACAUGCUCAAUGGGAAGAUGGCGUCGCCCGCUAACCCUUCUGGUCACCCGCAACUCAUCCCCUCUUUUACCAACGACCACAAAUACAUGGUCGCCUCUCAUGCAAACUCUUCACCAUCCCAGAUUCCUGCCCCGCCACCACCCUUGCCCACCCCCAAGUCCCACCUCCAACCUCACUCCUCCUCGAACAGCAACUUUCUUCGCCUCCUGCUCCCCUUCUCCCGGUCCUCCACUUCAGCCAGCCUGCAGGCGUCUGAGCUGGGCAGCUUCAUGUCACAUCUUCACAUCUCCAAGUCCUCAAGUGCCAUCUUGGAAGGCAGCGAGUCAGAAUUGGCGCCGGAUGAUGAGGUGUUUGGUGACCACAGCAGUCCAACUCUUAAAGGAGCUCAGCAAGUGAAAACAAAAGGGGGACGUGGACCGCUUGUCGCCCCCUUGUGCUACAUGGAUGAGGACAGCGACCUGGAUUGCUGCCCGUCCCCUUUGUCGGAGAAAACCGAGCCGUUGUCCCCAUAUUCACUGUCUGGAGACUGGUGCAGGAUCUGUCACUGUGAAGGCGACGACGAGAGUCCUCUGAUCACGCCAUGCCACUGCACAGGGAGUCUGCGCUUCGUCCACCAGGCCUGUCUGCAGCAGUGGAUCAAGAGCUCCGACACUCGCUGCUGUGAGCUCUGCAAAUAUGAGUUCAUCAUGGAGACCAAGCUCAAACCUCUGCGCAAGUGGGAGAAGCUACAGAUGACUGCCAGCGAGAGAAGAAAGAUCAUGUGCUCCGUCACCUUCCACGUCAUCGCCAUCACCUGCGUGGUCUGGUCUCUGUACGUGCUCAUCGACAGGACGGCGGAUGAGAUCAAACACGCCGGAAGAAUCCCAGGCAUCCUGGAGUGGCCUUUCUGGACCAAGCUGGUGGUGGUGGCCAUCGGCUUCACCGGCGGACUUGUCUUCAUGUACGUGCAGUGCAAGGUCUACAUCCAUCUAUGGCGGCGGCUCAAGGCGUACAACCGGGUCAUAUACGUCCAGAACCGACCGGAGACGUGUAAAAAGCUGGUGCUGGAGAAGCCGCCGCUCAUCGAGCCCAGUCUGGACAACAAGGAGGCGCUGAUGCCGACCCAGUCGGACACAAACUCCUCCCAGUACACAGAGACGGAAGACUACAGUAUGGAGGUGCUACACGUGUGACGCACCUGAGCUCGGCUCCUCGCAGAAGUGAUUGUAGAUGUCUGAGGAGGAGGACCAGGCACACCUUCAUGGUGAGGCUCCCAGACUCACACUGGAGGUGUCAAUGUGGUUUAGAAAUGUGGCUUGGCCUGCUGUACGUUGCGACGCACCCACUGCUGUUUUUACACAUCAUGUGACCUGACAGAUCCUGUCAGAUCCUGCGCACUUUUUCGUUACUUUCUUAUCUGUUUUACUGUGCUGAUGAUGUCGUGCACGAGGGAGCCACACUGGUCGUCACAUGAAGACACGGUGACAGCACGAGGAGGCAGGUGUUUACACUCUCCCAUCGACUGUCCAUCACUGGACUCCUGUCCAACAAGGGAAAUGGUGGAUUUGCCUCUGUUAUAUCACUUUUUGCUUCAAGUUGGAGGUGUGGAGGAGCUCUUGGACGUCUUUAAUUUCCUGUGCUUAAAAUGUGUUUUUUUUUUCCAAACACACACGGAUGACAAAAAUUGAACUGGGACUACAAAUGGAAGUUUAGAAGGAUUCAAGAAUGUAACUUUUUUUUAUACAAAAUAAGUGAAAAUGAUGAUGAAAAAAAAAGUUUUCUACUGUCAACUGGAAAUUUCAGGAUCUUUUCCGUGUCUUCGGGCGACUUCUGUGUUCCUAAAAAGUAUUUAUAGUGUGAUAUACUCCAUGUGCAGUUUUUACGACGAUGAUUUGCCUGCUUUUGUCCUGGAGGGGAAAAUAAUCCACGCUUCUCUCCGCUCCUGGUUCCUGGUUCACCUGAGCCGGAGAUGGGGCCGGCGUCUUUCACCACCCUUGGUUCGUGGUUCAGGAGCACAGAGAAGCCGGGCUCAUGUUGAGCCUACCAGCCAUUUUAGCGACACAUUUUAAAAGAGCCAGUCUUUGAGCGACAAACAUCACCGUGCGGAAAAAGAGACAGCGCCAUCAGCAGGAGGCUGCGUUCCCCACUGAUGAGUGUCGACUGAGAUGCGUUUGAUAGCCAGAAGGCUCUGUGCAAUUAGACAGAUAAAAAGUGCAAUUACCCUUUUGUUGUUGUUCUAUUCUCUAGUUGUGUGUCAGCGUCCGGCCAGGGGUUCCUCCCUGGUCCUCUCUGUUAUUUGUCUCCUAUUUAUUUAAAAUGAAAUGUUUCCUUUUUAAUCCGUUUUAUGCAAUUUACACUCCCCAGACUUCAUUUGUUGCACUAGUUUCCUGCUUUAUUUUAAGAUUGUGAUGACACAUGCUUAGCAAAAGGAGCUGGCUCCUUCACGUUUUGCUGGAUGCAGGUUUUUCUUUGUCACUCGUCUGCACUUUGCUUUCUUUCACAUGUUCAAAAAGAAAACCUGGGAAAAAGUGUAAAUUGCAUAAAGCGCAAGGCGUGUUUACUGCUGACUGGACUCGACCACGACUGUUCCGUCUCCGAUGAUAUCAUUCCACCAGUCCGUCUGUGAACUUUAUUUGGAGUAGAAAUGUAAAAACUUUGCUCAAAGUACUUAUGUUUAUAAAACUGAAUAAAUAUUGAUGUUUUUCCCCUCCCAUGUUUGAAGAUAGUAUGUAGACUUAAAAAGAACGACCAAAUAAAAAUGAAGUUGCUUUUA